GGCAGGGAAGCACCUCCUGCUGCUGUCUCCUCAGGAAUUCUGCCCCAGGGUGCUGAGCCGGCAGAGCAGCGCAGCGCUGAGGUGCAGCGGGCAGACCGGCGCAGACCUGAUAGCCACUGGAGACGGCAGGCAAGGCCGAGCCUAAUUGAGAGGGAAUCAGAAAGACGCGUGAAGGAGACCAAAUCUAAAUGCAAACGCCUCGCCCUCCUCCUCACCAGUGCUCCAAACCCUCAGAGUAAGGGUGUCCUGCUGUUCAAGAAGUGCCGUCAGAGGGUCAGAAGAAACACGCAGGUCAGCUACGGGACCACCUGAAGCCACUUGGACCCUGAGGACCAGGUAGAGGGAGAUCCGGGCCACGUUACCCCGAGCGAUUCAGAGCCGGAGGAGGACUACUCUCCCCAUCACUGAGAGCACGUCGUGUACCCGUUCGGGGCAAAACGGUGAAGACAUGGAGGGACUGUCCGGCACCGAGGGCAAAGGGGUCAUGAUGUUCGCAAGGCGGCGCCAGAGGCUGGAAGAGAUGGCUCUGGAGCAGGAGGAGGAGCUGAGGAACAGAGCUCCACCGCCACAGGAACCAGAGCCACCGAUCCAACUGCAAACGGAGGAAACGUACAUGCAGUCUGCUCACCUAGCCCCGCAGCAGGCCUAUGUGGAUACAAGUCCCCAGCUAACUCCACAGCAACAGGAAAAUAUUAAACCGAUGACGAACCAAAUCCCUGAGCCAAAGCCUUUGGUGCCCAACCGAACGGCCAAGCCCUUCGGGUUUAUAAAUAGUGGAGGGGCUACCAUGCCGUCAAGCGUUAAUGCCCCUGUGGCAAAGAAACAUGAACUGAAAUUCAAGGUACCGGUGCCCGUCAACACCAGCGCACAGGUGUGGUCCCCCACAGGGGACAUCAUAGCCUCCAGGGAUGAACGCAUAUCGGUCCCGGCCAAAAAUGCGGGGAACCUCCCAGGGUCCAAUAGGAGAGUCGCCAGUAAACAGGUGUCGUCGGACCAUCAGCUGCAGAACCGGGGAGACAGGAAGUCCUACAUUGAAACGGAGGAAGAUUUCUUCAGUCUGGGCGCUGAGGCAUGUAACUUCAUGCAACCGAUGUCUGUGAAACUGAAGGUCCCCCCUCCGGUGGCGCCCAAGCCCACUGUCAACCAAAACCGGCAAACCUGGUUGAGCCCCCCCUCAGAGCCCUUCAAUCCACCAAGAAGUCCAGUGUUGGCACCUUUCUCCAACGCCGCCGGGCCUCAAGGCCAGUCAUAUGCACCACAGCCGGCCUGGUCCCAGCCUCAACCUACUCCCAACAAUGCGCCAUUUCAGACCACCGCUAAUGCCUGGGCACCAGUGGGUCCAUCUGCACAGAAUCAACCCCAACCCACCAGGAAUAGCUGGAGUGCGCAGCCGACACAGCCUCCUGUGAGUAUUAAGGCUGUCAGUCCAGCUGCUAGCCCAGCCUACCCACUCUCAUCGUCUUCAUGGAUUAAGCCCAACAAUGUUGCUAACUCUACUGCCUCUUGUCCACAACAACAAAGGCAGCAACCCAAGGGGGCAGGCCCUACUCCCAAGGCUCAGGGUCUGGGCAGGGCCGCUCAGAGUCAGAAGGCCGAUGGACAACCUAUGAUGGGGAAAGGUGCAGAGCUGUUCGCUAGGAGGCAGACCCGAAUGGAGAAGUUUGUGGUGGACGGCGAAACGAUGGAAGCGAACCGGGCCAGAUCGACCUCCCCUGCCCCCUCUCUGCCCAACUCCUGGAGAUACUCUUCAAAUGUCCGGGCCCCGCCGCCCCUAUCCUACAACCCCAUCCUCGCUCCUUUCUACCCCCCUGCCGCCACGAAGCAACCCCGAUCUACAAGUCCGAAUAUCAAAGCCAAGACCAAGGACAAGCCCAAACCCAAAAAGCACCUUAGCAGCUUAGAGGUGAUGCAGCAUCAGCCCUAUCAGUUAGACUCUUCACUCUUCAGAUACGAAGCAGUCUCUGAGAAACAGAGUCAAAGCCCAAUACCAUCACCAGCACCUGAGAAUAACCGAGUCCCUAAACCUAGAAAACCCAGAUCUGCCCCUUCUCACUCUCUUAGAAAUAAGGCCCAAAUUAAGCCCAAUGCCCCUUCUGGUUCUCCCUCAGGAAUGGUAAGUUCCCCAAACCCUCCUAAUCUCCAGCACACCUCUUCAGCUGAGCCUCGCUCGCCUGUCAAACAGCUGGAUGCCAAGCCCAUGGCCACAUUUGCUGUCCCCCAGCACAAAUACCAAAAGCCGGCUUCAAGCAGCCAAUCCCUGAGCACGCCCAAUCAGCAAGCUGCUGUCGCUUCCUGCUUAGCCCUUUUCUCUCCUGCGUCGCUCAUCGCUCGAGGUGCGCGACAAAUGGCUCCCAAGCCGACCUUUUCGGCCAAGAAGCCGGUGCUUAACAAGCAGUGGCGGCAAGUUGCAGUUCAACUCCUUGGUGGUCAGCCUUCUAACCUAUUUACUAGGUUAGAAACCAUGGUUACUAUAGGUUCUCAGAGCCAUCUUCAUGCUCUUCCCUGCAGACACACGGGUACAGACACCCUGCAACCUGUCAACAGGCCAGACGGUGGCAGCAAAGCCUUCCACACAAACCGCCGCAAGGGCAACAACCAAACAUCCACCUUUGUUUAUUUUAAUCUCCAGGCAUACGGCCGGAGCUACUCCAUGACGCUCCCCGCCCGGCUGCGGCCCCUCCACUCUCCAACGACCCCGCCCUUCUUUGGGGGGCCGCCCAGGUUCCAUGCCUCUCUCAGGCUGCCUCCGCAGAGGCAGGCCUCCUGGCAGGACGGGCCCGUGAAGGCCCCUACGCCCUGGGAGGCAGCGUGCCGCAGCCCCCUGGGCUCCGUGGACGAGGCCUUCUUCAAGAGCAUCCCAGACCCCGUGGCCCCCGGCCUCAGGGCCGGGGGCCACCGCCGCUCUCUGCCGGAGCCCCCGGCCGACUGGACCCACCGGGUGGCCCUGGAGGUCCCCUGCUCCCCGGGGCCCAAGGGGGCCUACUUCCGCCCGCCCGCGGCCCAGGCUUCGCCCCCCUUCUGCGGCCCCCCCUUCAAACGAGGAAGUCGCCUCUCGGGCGGAGGCCGGAUCUUUCUGGGCUUUAUGGAGUCCCACUGAUUCCAGGGGACAACUCAUGCCCGAUUUCCUGAUAUAUAUUAUAUAUUAGUUAUGUCUUAUGCAAUUUUACAGAUGAAGUAAUGACACAAUAUUAAUUCCACUUAAGACCACAGCCCUUUGCUUAGCACAGAUAGAGUAGGAACAAUAUAUUGGUCACCAAGGAGUGUGCUUUAGGAAAACACAUCAUCAUUUCCCUUUUGAUGUAUUUUGUACAACUAAACAACUUGACCUGCACCCUUGUCGUCAAAGUUGGUGCAGGUUUGGAAAUUGGAACGGUGUUAUACUGUAUUUGAUCGUCGAUAACCCGCAGUUAUCCAGGGUGGAAUCCACAAAUGAAUCUGAAUUGCUGGUUUUCUAACUUGUCAGUUAGAAAACCACGGAGUAGCAAUGUUUCAAAGCGAUGGCAGAGUAAGUAGAGUGCAUUUAUAGGAAUGUGUUACAGAUGUUGAGAGAAUAAGUAAAAAUAGAUUAAACCUUUGUAGACUACAGGGUCCAUAGUACCAUACACGUUAUUAAUAUAAUCAUAUUAACCUUGAUUUUACAUCAGUUAAUAUGAUUGUAUUAAUAUAUUAUACAUAUUAAUACAAUCAUAUUAACUGAUGUUAUAUUAAGGUAGUUACACAGAGCUUGUAUUUCAAAUGUCUAAACGCUAGUAAUGUAAAUCUGUGGGUCAAAUUGAAUCAGUACUUUAAUUCAAAUAGACUGUGAGACUAUAAGGAAACGUUUAUAAAACAUAUGUCAUUGCGGUAUUGCUGUGUGUCACAUUUGUUAUUAAGAGGAUGAACUUUGCAGAUGUAACUAAUGGUGGGCUAUGUGGAGGCACUGUGUGUGACACUGAAUUCACAGCACAGAACUAUGGCCCUCUGGUUUAUGUUUAGGGUUAGUUCUCAAAUGGACCUCACACACCACACGGGAUUAUUGUUUAAUCUCACUCAGCAGAAUGUAAUCUCACACUUUUGAAACACAGUGAAGUUUCUAAAGGUUUUAAAAAAGAGGGCUGACGCGAUGCAGCACAACGCUUGAUGAUAACUUUAUGCUCUGUAAGGUGACCUUGGGUGCCUUGAAAGGCGCCUCUAAAUUAAAUGUAUUAUUAUUAUUAUUAACGCUGUGUUGCUGUCUUGUACUUCAUCAUAUGUCAUUAUGAAUGAACAGUGUUGAACAGCAUUUUGCAGUGAGUAUUACAACAUCCAUUAUGUUAUUUGCGCUAACUACAUUGGAAAGUACUUAGUGACAGUUGGUGUGUUCGAAUUGGAUGUAGUACACACUAGCAGGGCACAUGAUUUUUGAGAUAACACCAAUAAAACAUUGUU